ACCCACGUGACCCCACCCCUGGCCCAACCCCGCUCUCGCGAGACUCGGCGCGCGCACCCCGGAAGCGGCGGUAGCGGAACCCGGAAGUGGCGGCGGGGCAGGAUGGAAGACACGCUCUUCCAGCUGAAGUUUACAGCAAAGCAGCUGGAGAAGCUCGCCAAAAAAGCUGAGAAAGAUUCCAAGGCUGAGCAAGCCAAAGUUAAAAAGGCUCUUCAACAGAAGAAUGUGGAAUGUGCUCGUGUCUACGCAGAGAAUGCCAUCCGCAAGAAGAAUGAGGGGCUUAACUGGCUCCGCAUGUCUUCCCGGGUGGAUGCAGUGGCCUCCAAGGUCCAGACAGCAGUGACGAUGAAGGGGGUGACGAAGAAUAUGGCACAGGUGACCAAGGCCUUGGACAAGGCUCUGAGCUCCAUGGACUUGCAGAAGGUGUCUGCGGUGAUGGAUAAAUUUGAGCAGCAGGUUCAGAAUUUGGAUGUUCAUACGUCGGUCAUGGAAGACUCCAUGAGCUCUGCUACCACGCUGACCACGCCACAAGAACAGGUGGACAGCCUCAUCGUGCAAAUCGCUGAGGAGAAUGGCCUAGAGAUCAUGGACCAGCUCAACCAGCUCCCCGAGGGGGCUUCGGCAGUGGGAGAGAGCUCAGUCCGCUCCCAGGAAGACCAGCUGUCACGGAGAUUGGCCGCCCUGCGGAAUUAAGGUCUCCUGUCACCCCUGCAGACUGCUGCCCCACACUGGUGGUAUGGUGUGUGGGGUGGAGGGGCCUGGGACUCCUUCCCCACCUCUGCUGCAUCCUUGCUGUGACCUGCUGGCCAGGCAGAGUCUGCCGUCCCUUCCUCCGGCAACAACAUCCCCAGCCCAGCCUGCCUGCAUCUAGACUCUUUUUUUUUUGGAUGUGACGGUGAUGACUUUUCCCAGAGCAGGCAGUGAUCCUGGCAGGGGGGUUUCUGAGCAGAGGCUGCCUCUCUCUGGGCUGGAGGAAUGCUUUGCUGGUUCUGAUUUCAGGGUGUUUUUCAUUUGAGGGUUGCUGCUGGUUUCUGGCAGCGUCCCACGACACAAUGUCCUGAUUUAACACUAAACAGAUCGUUCUGGGGGCAGGUUGUAGUGUCUUCUGGGGCGUUGCCCCCCCGACUCUGUGCGUAGCACACUUCUGUUAUCUGUUUUAGACUGAGUCUCCAAGCUGGGGGCUGAGUUUUCCUUGGGGCCCACAGCAAGGAGCUGUUUACAGGGAGCAGAGAGAUCCCUAUGGAGCCGCCUUCCUGUCCCAGUAGUUUAGGAAGGGCCGUUUUCCUGGCUGUGGUGUUUCUGGGAGGCUUAGCGCCUUGCAGGAAGUGGAGGUUAUGCCAUGGCAUCUUUUCCCUCGCAGUGACCUUCCCACGCCCUGGCUGCCCGGCUCGUAGCCGUGGGUGGGUGCCCCAUUUGCAGACUUCACCUUGCUGCUUUCUUGCUCCUUGUCCUGCCAGGCCGAACCUCCCUGGAGCUCUGUACCACGAAGUGGCCUUUGAAAAGCUUGUCCUGCCCUGCACAAGCCCCUGUGCGUGUGUGUGUAAAUCCAUAUGUUCCCCAUCUCCAGCCGCUGCAGUCUGGAAGUGGUUAGCCAGGCCCUGACCUCCCAUGUGGAGCUGGUCCCUGCCUGAUGUCCAGCAGCUGGGAAUGGAUUGCGGCAGCAUCCACCCCUGGGUUCACAGUGAUGGUGGCCGCAGCCUUGUCCCCAAAUGUCCCCCAGGAAUGGAUGGGUGGGACAGUAAAUGCUAAACCAUCCUGAGAGCGCAGCUGCCUGCACUGGCAGUGGCUUGUCCCCUGGGUAUCUGCUGCCAUUUCCUCUCCGCUGACCCCACCCUGCUGUAUUUGCUCUGUGCUGCUGGAACUUGGCUGGAUGAGUGGGCACUGCUUCCUGUGUCCCAUUUCUUCUCACAGCUCAUGAGGAAACGGGGCUGCUUGUCCUUUGGAGCCUUCAUCUGGGGCUGGAGUUUUCUGUGCCCAUUCUUCUCUGCGACUCCCAGGCACCACUGAUCUGCUGGACUGACGGAAAGCUCCUCAGGAAGGAAAUGUAGUUUCCUUUGGCUCUCACGAGGAGGAACUUUAACCUUCUUGCCGUAGGCUGUAGAUGUGUUCCAGGCAGCUGCCGGGUCCGGCUGCGCUGAGCUGUGCUGUGUGCAGCCAGGGGUGGCAGCUGGUCCCGCUGCAGUGGGGCAGCUCCAAUUUGUUGCUUUUAAAGGGAGUUUUAAGGCAUUCACAGCUGCUGCUUUGGGCUGUGCUGAGAGGAGGGAAGGGAGGUGUGGGGAAGAGGGGGUGGCAGCUCCCUCCCAGUGCUGGCUGCCCUCCCGGGCUGCCUGUGCAGGACUCGCUGUGGGCCAGGGCCCGUCUCCCCAGCACUUGCAGCACAAACACUCUUCAUUGGUUUUUUUACUUCUUUUGAGUUCAGUGGCCUUGGCAGCGUGUAUCUAGUGACCGACAGAGCUGCCUUCCCCUGCGUGCCGUGCUGGGGGUCCGGGGUGGUGGCUGAGGAGGAGGUGGCCUUGGGUUACAAAGUCACAGGUGCAUCAUGGAGCCUUGGAUUUUGUGCCGCCUCCCAAUGGGCCAGGCAGAAAGUGGGAGCCCCUCUGGGGACUUGUGCCUGCACUAUGGAGUGGAAUGGCUGGAUCCUGCUCCUCGUGGGGCAGCAGCCUGGCCCUGCGUGAGUGCCAACCAUGGGACUGGGGGCCAGGAUGUGCCCUGUGGCCUUAGGGGAGCCCCUGUCCCUGGAAUUGCUCCUUCUUUUCAUUGCAAUGGUUCUCUGUGGGUUUUUUUAAAGCUUGUCUCAUUUGCCUUUUUUCUUCUUCUCCAAACCUGUGUUGUUUACCUUCUGCUAUUUUAAAUAAAUGGUCCCUGAA